GCACGCCACAGUGUCGUCAAGAUCGAGAAGCAUACAUGGACAGCACCAACGUGGCAAGUGCAGCGCCACGGCCUCGAGCGCCAUGCAGCCUCCAAGCCGCACUCGUACGCAGAGCCGCCGUUGUCCGCACCACCACCAAGAACGCGACGACGAGACCACGGUCGCUGCGCCUCUCCUGCAAGGCGGGCGACGACGACGACGGCGUCGACCGCCGCGACGUGCUCCUCGGCCUGAUGGCCGGCGCCGGAGCGGCGGCUGCCGGGAUCGCGAGUAAUAAUACGCACGGCAGCAGCAGCGCGCUCGCGGCGCCCGUCCAGGCCCCGGACCUCCAGGCGUGCCGGACGCCUGACGUCCCCGCGACGGCAGCGGACCCCAGCUGCUGCAUGACGUACCGCGCCGGCCUGGCGCCGCCGGCCAUUAUCGACUUCCAGCCGCCGCGCGCGUCGUCGUCGUCGUCCUCGCCGCUCCGCGUGCGCCCCGCGGCGCACCUGGUGGACAGCGCGUACGUGGCCAAGUACGAGAGGGCCGUGGCGCUCAUGAGGGAGCUUCCGGACGAUGACCCGCGCAGCUUUGCGCAGCAGGCGCACGUGCACUGCGCCUACUGUAACGGCGCGUACGGCCAGGCCGGGUUCCCGGACCUGGACUUGCAGAUCCACAACUGCUGGCUCUUCUUCCCGUGGCACAGGCUUUACGUGUACUUCCAUGAGAGGAUCCUCGGCAAGCUCAUCGGCGACGACUCCUUCGCGCUGCCGUUCUGGAACUGGGACGCGCCAGGCGGCAUGACACUGCCGGCGAUCUAUAGCAGCGCGUCUUCACCGUUGUACGACGAGAGACGCAACACGGCGCACCAGCCACCGUCGUUUCUCGGCCUCGACUUCAGUGACACCGACCCCGACGACAUGCCAAGGGAUCUGCAGGUCGACCAGAAUCUCAAGGUCAUGUACCGCCAGAUGAUCUCUGGCGCCAAGAGGAGGGAGCUGUUCAUGGGGCAGCCGUACCGCGCGGGCGACGCGGCGGACCCGGGCGCCGGCACCGUCGAGAACGUGCCGCACGGGCCGCUCCACGUGUGGGUGGGCGACCCGACGCAGCCCAACGGCGAGGACAUGGGCAACUUCUACUCCGCGGCGCGCGACCCGGUGUUCUUCGCGCACCACGGCAACAUCGACCGGCUGUGGCACGUGUGGCGCGGCCUGAGCCCCCGCAACACCGACUUCGCCGACGCCGACUGGCUGGACGCCAGCUUCCACUUCUACGACGAGGAGGCCCGGCUCGUGCGCGCCCGCGUCCGCGACUGCCUCGACCCGGCCGCGCUGCGCUACGCGUACCAGGACGUCGGGCUGCCGUGGCUGGACGCCAGGCCGGCCAGGACGGCGGGGGCGGGGGCGCCGGCGCCCGCCACGGACGGCGUGGUGUUCCCGGCGAGGCUGGACAGGACCGUGAGGGUGGCCGUGGCGCGGCCCAGGGUCUCACGGAGCCAGGAGGAGAAGGACGAGGAGGAGGAGGUGCUGGUCGUCGACGGCAUCCAGGUCGCGGAUCACCUGAGGUACGUGAAGUUCGACGUGUUCGUGAACCAGUGCGCGGGCGGGGACGCCAGCACGGCGGCGGCCGAGUGCGCGGGGAGCUUCGUGCUCACGCCGCACGUGAUCCAGCAGAAGGAGGAAGGAGGAGGAGGCUCGCCGGUCAAGACGGCGGCGAGGUUUGGCAUCACCGACUUGCUGGACGAUAUCGGAGCUGACGGGGACGUUACGAUCGUGGUGUCGCUCGUUCCGAGGUGCGCCGGCGACGUGGUCACCGUGGACGGCGUCAGUGUCACGUACGUUAAGUGAAAGUAGUGCCGCGCGCGCGAGAUGAUCAAUUUAUACACCCUGAUCCGUCUAUAUACACGUACGGAUGCCCGUAUAACAAGUGCUUUGAAUAAUGGGUGUCUGCUUAUGCUUUUGUAUCUGCUCCUAGCGAGUGGCUGAAUAAUACUGGUCCAGACUAUAUGAACUACAAA